UGAUGGGUGGACCCACGGGAGAAUUUCCAGCCCCGUGAUUUGCUAAUCGGGGGCCGCUUCCCCUGUCUUUCCCCCCCGACUGUAAACGUAGCUGUGCUGUGUGCGUGGAUCUCGCCCGGCCCUCCUCCUCGCCCGCGGACUCACCAAGUGUAGCGACUGCACUCGGUGCGUUUUGGUUAAAGCCCGACGACCCUCACCGGGAAGGCUGGGCGCUGGGACAGGAGGAUCGGGGGCCCCCGCAAGGAAGGCGGCUGACAGAAGAGGCGUAAAGAACUGCUCACUUAUGGCUUUUUUCUAGCGAGCUUUCCAUCAUCGCUUGGGAUUGUGGAAGGGACGUCACUUAAAAAACACCUCAAGUCGCCCUCAAGGUUCACUGACCACCAUGGAGAUGCAGAGGUGGUCCACAAGGUGGAAAACGAAAAGGUGGCUUAUGGAUUCCACUGUAACGACGUUGGUAACGUUAACCCUGGUUCUACAGGCCACCGCAGCAGCACAGCCAGUGGAUGUGCUGAAAGUUUUAGAUUUUCAAAAUUACCCCGAAGGAGUGACAAAGACGUCUGGAUUUUGCACACACCGAAGAGCAUCGAAGCCGGACGCUGCUUACAGAGUUGGCAAGCAGGUCCAGAUCAGCGCCCCCACCACGCAGCUAUUCCCUGAAGGUGUUUUCCCCGAGGACUUCUCCAUCCUGACUACAGUGCGCCCCAAGUCUGGCCUCCAGUCCUUCCUGCUGUCCAUUUACAACGAACAGGGGGUCCAGCAGCUUGGGAUUGAAGUGGGACGCUCGCCUGUUUUCCUGUACGAGGACCAGACCGGCAAGCCCGCCCCGGAGGACUACCCUCUCUUCCGUACACUCAACCUUGCAGACGGAAAGUGGCAUCGUGUGGCCAUUAGCGUGGAGAAAAAGACAGUCACCGUCAUCGUUGACUGCAAGAAGAAGAUCAUCAAGCCUCUCCUCAGAAGUGACCAGACCUCCAUCAGCACCAAUGGCAUCACCGUCUUUGGCACCAGGAUCCUCGAUGAGGAGUUUUUCCAGGGUGACAUCCAGCAACUUCUGAUUGUUGCCGAUUCCAAAGCGGCGUACGACUACUGUGAACAUUACAGCCCGGACUGUGACACCCCCCACGGUGAUUCCCUGCAGGCGCAGCAACCCCAGGAAGAGUACACUACCGACGAGUUAGACUACUCUCAGUUCUAUGAUUACGCUGAGGGAGCCACAGACGUCGUUCCCACCGACGACGAGUAUUCAGAGCCGCAGCUAAACAAUGUAGAAGAUUACAAUACAGGCAUUGACUACGGAACUGUAGAUUCUGCUCAGACUCAGUCCCCCUUUGCCACGCAUGGAACCAGCCAGGCUGCGGAGGAGGAUGCGGUCGGUGAUUAUGUCACCGAAGCCCCUCCCGUUGCCCCGGAGCCCGCCGUUGUCCCGGAAACGGCAGAAAGCCCGGACCCCGGUGCGGAAGCAUAUGACUUGAAGGAAUAUGACCUAAAGGAGUAUGACUUGGGCGAGGGGGACAACAGGUUGUAUGAUUACGGGGCAUAUGACGAGUACGGCACCGCCCCCUCUGUACCCCCGGCCGCCUACGACGAGGAAGUGGGGCCCGGGGUGGCUGCCGAAACGGACGUUUCAGAGAGCGCCGUCGCCGGUGCUGGUGCGGCCCUCGGCCAGAAGGGGGAGAAAGGCGAGCCGGCGGUGAUUGAACCUGGCAUGCUGAUUGAAGGACCACCAGGACCCCCCGGCCCCGCUGGUCUUCCAGGUCCCUCAGGCCUACAGGGACCCCCAGGCGCUGCUGGAGAUCCUGGUGACAGAGGUCCCCCUGGUCGUGCUGGUCUCCCCGGUGCUGAUGGCCUGCCCGGGCCCCCUGGUACCAUGCUCAUGCUGCCGUUCCGCUUCGGCGGGGAUGGCGAGAAGGGUCCGGUGGUGUCGGCCCAAGAAGCCCAGGCUCAGGCCAUCCUCUCCCAGGCCAGACUGGCUAUGAGAGGACCCCCAGGGCCAAUGGGCCUGACAGGAAGGUCCGGGCCAGUGGGUCUACCUGGUUCUACUGGGCUGAAGGGUGAAAGUGGAGACCAUGGUCCUCAGGGUCCACGUGGCGUUCAAGGGCCUCCAGGACAAACUGGCAAAGCUGGUAAAAGGGGCCGGGCCGGAGCCGACGGUGCACGCGGGAUGCCGGGCGAGCCGGGCAGCAAGGGGGACCGAGGCUUUGAUGGACUUCCCGGACUGCCCGGUGAAAAAGGACACAGGGGCGAGCCAGGGCCAAUGGGACCCCAGGGGGCUCCUGGAGAGGAUGGCCAGAGAGGCGAGGAUGGCGAGAUCGGGCCCAGAGGCUUGGCUGGCGAGAGUGGCCCAAGAGGUUUAUUGGGACCUCGGGGUUCCCCAGGCCCCCCCGGAUCACCUGGUGUGGCUGGCGUGGAUGGGCCUCCGGGUCCCAAAGGAAACAUGGGACCGCAAGGAGAACCCGGACCACCGGGUCAACAGGGGAUCUCAGGGACUCAGGGUCUCCCCGGUCCCCAAGGCCCCAUCGGACCACCUGGGGAAAAAGGACCUCAGGGCAGAUCCGGGUUACCUGGAUUACCCGGAGCGGAUGGACCACCCGGUCAUCCUGGGAAGGAGGGUCCAGCCGGAGAGAAAGGAGGCCAGGGUCCGGUUGGUCCGCAGGGUCCCAUUGGUUAUCCCGGCCCUCGUGGUGUCAAGGGUGCUGACGGCGUCCGGGGACUGAAAGGUUCAAAGGGAGAGAAAGGUGAAGAUGGUUUCCCAGGUUUCAAAGGUGACAUGGGAAUCAAAGGAGACCGGGGUGAGAUUGGCAUGCUGGGACCCCGUGGAGAGGAUGGUCCUGAGGGUCCGAAGGGCAGAGCCGGCCCCAGUGGGGAGUCGGGUCCCCUCGGUCCUGCUGGAGAAAAGGGCAAACUGGGAGUUCCAGGAUUGCCAGGAUAUCCAGGAAGACAAGGACCUAAGGGUUCGAGUGGUUUCCCCGGCUUCCCAGGUGCCAAUGGAGAGAAAGGUGCCAGGGGUGUUGCAGGCAAGGCUGGUCCAAGAGGUCAAAGGGGACCAACGGGUCCUCGUGGGGCUCGAGGAGCAAGAGGGCCGACAGGAAAGCCAGGCCCCAAGGGUACGGCAGGCAACGACGGUCCUCCGGGUCCGCCCGGUGAGAGAGGUCCUCAAGGACCUCAGGGACCAGUGGGCUUCCCUGGACCAAAGGGGCCACCUGGACCGCCUGGAAAGGACGGACUGCCCGGACAUCCUGGCCAGCGUGGUGAGACAGGUUUCCAAGGAAAAACUGGUCCACCAGGCCCAGGAGGUGUUGUCGGGCCCCAGGGACCCACUGGAGAGACUGGUCCUGUUGGUGAGAGAGGCCACCCUGGACCCCCUGGUCCACCUGGAGAACAGGGUCUCCCUGGAGCUGCUGGCAAGGAGGGAGCGAAAGGAGACCCCGGACCCCAGGGUUCAUCCGGCAAGGACGGUCCUCCUGGCCUCAGAGGCUUCCCAGGAGAGCGAGGUCUGCCUGGCGCCACGGGUCCAGCUGGUCUGAAGGGAGGAGAAGGUCCCCAGGGUCCACCUGGUCCUGUUGGUUCUCCUGGUGAGAGAGGUCCCGCUGGUUCAGCUGGUCCAAUUGGCCUGUCUGGUAGACCUGGCCCUCAAGGUCCCCCAGGUCCUGCUGGAGAGAAAGGUGCACCCGGAGAGAAAGGACCACAAGGUCCAGCUGGACGUGAUGGGGUCCAGGGUCCUGUAGGCCUGCCCGGGCCAGCCGGACCACAAGGUCCACCUGGAGAGGAUGGUGAUAAAGGAGAGGUUGGAGAACCUGGCCAGAAAGGAAGCAAAGCUGAUAAAGGAGAGCAGGGUCCUCCUGGACCAGCUGGUCUUCAAGGUCCCAUUGGUGCACCAGGCCCUGCUGGAGCUGAUGGAGAACCUGGUCCCAGGGGUCAGCAGGGUAUGUUUGGGCAGAAGGGAGAUGAAGGAGCCCGAGGUUUCCCUGGACCACCUGGUCCCAUCGGCCUGCAGGGUCUUCCAGGACCCCCUGGUGAGAAGGGAGAGAACGGCGAUGUCGGCCCCAUGGGUCCUCCUGGUCCCCCCGGUCCUAGAGGUCCUCAGGGUCCAAGCGGCGCUGAUGGUUCACAAGGUCCUCCAGGCGGUGUGGGUCCUGUGGGUUCUGUGGGAGAGAAGGGUGAACAAGGUGAGGCUGGCAACCCGGGACCGCCCGGAGAGCCAGGCACUGGGGGACCCAAAGGUGAGAGAGGAGAGAAGGGAGAAGCGGGACCCCCUGGUGCUGCCGGACCUGCUGGAGCCAAAGGACCCCCUGGAGAUGACGGUCCAAAGGGUAACCCCGGUCCUGUUGGAUUCCCUGGAGAUACUGGUCCUCCUGGAGAACCAGGCGUUGCUGGAACAGACGGAGAACCAGGAGAGAAGGGAGAAGAUGGUGAGGCUGGUCAGCCGGGACCUCCAGGUCCUUCAGGUGAAGCUGGUCCACCUGGACCUCCGGGCAAGAGAGGACCCCCGGGAGCUGCUGGUGCCGAAGGCCGACAAGGAGAGAAGGGCGCCAAGGGUGAGGCUGGAUCAGAAGGUCCGGCUGGUAAAACGGGACCUGUUGGACCUCAGGGACCUGCCGGGAAGCCUGGUCCUGAGGGUCUACGUGGAAUCCCUGGCCCUGUUGGUGAACAAGGACUGCCCGGUGCCGCAGGACAAGAUGGCCCACCAGGUCCCAUGGGUCCUCCUGGACUUCCUGGUCUGAAAGGUGACCCAGGCUCCAAGGGUGAAAAGGGACAUCCGGGUUUGAUUGGUUUGAUAGGACCACCUGGGGAGCAAGGAGAGAAGGGAGACCGAGGUUUGCCUGGACCCCAAGGGUCGCCCGGUGGCAAGGGAGACAGCGGUCUCAGUGGAUCAUCGGGUCCUCUCGGUCCCCCCGGCCCCCCUGGUCUACCUGGACCUCAAGGACCAAAGGGAGCUAAGGGUUCGACUGGUCCGGCUGGUUCAAAAGGAGACACGGGUUCCAUCGGUCCUCCUGGUCCUCCUGGCCCACCCGGCGAGGUCAUCCAGCCUCUGCCCAUCCGCUCCCCCAAGAAGACCAAGCGCUCCAGCGACAUGCAGUCCGACGCCGCCGGUACUUUUAUGGACUACGGCGAGGGCAUGGAGGACAUCUUUGGCUCGCUGAACAACCUCAAACAAGACAUCGAGCGUAUGAAAUACCCCAUGGGGACCCAAAACAACCCGGCCAGGACAUGCAAAGACCUGCAGCUCUGCCACCCGGAAUUCCCGGAUGGUGAAUACUGGAUUGAUCCCAACCAAGGUUGCUCAGGGGAUUCCUUCAAAGUCUACUGUAACUUCACCGCUGGAGGAGAAACCUGCAUCUACCCAGAUAAGAAAUCCAACGGGGUCAGGAUAUCUUCAUGGCCCAAAGAGGUUCCAGGGUCAUGGUUCAGCGAAUUUAAGCGUGGUAAAAUACUUUCCUACGUCGACUCAGACGGCAACGCCAUCAACCUGGUGCAGAUGACCUUCCUCAGACUACUGACGGCCUCGGCCCGGCAAAACUUCACCUACAGCUGCCAUCAGUCCGUGGCGUGGCAUGACGCCACCAGCGACAGCUACGACAAAGCGCUGCGGUUCCUGGGGGCCAAUGACGAGGAGAUGUCCUACGACAACAAUCCCUACAUCAAGGCCCUCUCGGACGGAUGCGCGACGAGGAAGGGCUACGGAAAGACUGUGAUGGAGAUCAAUACUCCCAAAAUCGAUCAGGUUCCAAUCAUCGAUGUCAUGUUGACUGACUUUGGGGACCCCAAUCAGAAGUUCGGCUUCGAAGUCGGGCCCGUCUGCUUCCUUGGCUAAAUAGAAACACCAAAACAAAGCAAAACAACGGACUUAACGGGGGUCAGCAGGGACAGUCCGGCUGAGACGUCCUUCGCCCCGCCCCGCCCAUCAGCCCCGCCCCUCCCCACCCGCCAGCUACAUUUCCUACGCCACAUGCAAGUUUUGAAUGAGAAGGCGUCGCAUGUCCUUUCCAUGUAUGUAUGCACGACCCGGAAGAACACACGUUGCCCCCGCAGGGCGCCGACCACGCGGGGGGGCAACACAAGGUGAAGGACAUUAGAAAGCGGAGCAGGACGCAGGCGGACACGGACCUCCGGACCUCCGGACCUCCUCUCUGGAUUCUCAAGGUGCUGUACCAAACCCAAAGGUGCUCAAAAACACAAAAGGAAUAUCGAGGUGCUAAGAAAAGAAAGCUAAUUCUAAAAGUGUAAUAUUUUGUACAUUACUGUUAUUUCUGGAUCCGCUUUCAAAACUUGCAUGUGCGACCACGUUCUCCUUUAUUCCCGCUCCCGUUUUGGGAAUGCUGUGUGUACUUUCUUCAGCAGGCAAAUAAAGUGAGCAUCCAAAGCAUCCUCCGUUGCCCAUUCAGACGUUUCCCUUUGUAUAUAUUGACACGCCAACACGUACGUGGACACCCCCGCCCCCCUCCCCGCCCCCACUAAUGUUGUCAUCCUGGCAUUCAUUUCAUUAAUUUAAUUCUAUUGUUGUGGUUUUUUUUCUUUUUCUGUUUUAUUUCCCUGACAGGCUUUUCAUCUUGGUUGUAUACCUCAGACUUUCUUGAUAACCUUUUAGGAUGCAAGGAUGUUAUACCCUGUAUAUACCUGUACGGUUACGCAAUUAACUUGAUAUAUUUUGGGUGGGGGUUAUUUUGCCAAGAUCCACUGUUCCAAAAAUUAUGCAAUGAGACGCCCUUUAGGUGACCCAUUUUUGUAACUAAAGAGAAAAUGUUUGAAUGUUGCUUUUUAUAGUUCAACUAAAUAUUAAAACUGGAUUCUAAACAACAGUGAAGCACAU